AUGUACGACCCAGUAGAUUCAUCCGGAAUGCCCCUUCGAAUAGCCGACUCAGCGCCGCGCUUUGCAGGCGAUUAUACUCAACUCGUCAACUUCCUGGAGUCAGUAGAACAACUUGCGCAACCGCUUGGUUUAUCGGACAAGGAUCAUCAACCACCAUCGAAGCGCCCCUUGCCAGCGACACCUCCGCAACCAGAAUGCGCUCAAGAGCAACCAGAAGUAGAAGCCAUCGCACCAAUACCUGAAUCCAAGAAGCCGCCCCGUGAUAUCACCGCCCCAACAUCAGUCCAACUCGAAGCGCACAUCAUAAGCGCACCUCAGACUCGAAGUAUGCGAGCCAAUCACCGUCCCAAUCCUCCCAGAAGCGCCUCUGGAGGGGAUUAUACCGCCACCACCAUACCAGAGGCUAAUAACGCGCCGCUAUCCGACCAGGUUAUGUCCCCGGAAACUCCGUCUGUCGUUGACACAUCCGUGCUCAUCGCGCUUUCCGCACUCAGUGACCAUCCGCAGGUGCAAUAUCCGUGCACCAUACCGCUGCCAGUCAGUGAUGACUUUAAACAUCUAUCCGUAGUCAGGGAUGACUCUAAACAUCCAUCGCAUCUUAACGCGCCUGUUGCAGAGUCUUCUGCAGUACCAGAGGCUCAAAACACGCCACCUUCCGACCAGAGUAUAUCUCUGGUAACCCCAUCCGUCACUGAUCAUUCUGCGCAUUCCGCGCUUUCCGCUUACAGUGAUUACCGUUUGCCGGUGAAACAUCCGUGCAUCACAUCGCCCAUCCGCCAAUUAGAUCAUGUCUUGCAUGACUCUGAUGCGCCUCCAGCGCGCCGCCAUACACCUGAGGUCGCGCAGUGGGACUUGGUUUGGACAUGGUUUGGAUCGCUUCCGGACCACCUAGCAUCGCCUUAUACCCCCGCAGACAUAUUGGACAUGGACAUCAUCGCGCAUUCACCUCCUUGUGUUUUCCUCGCACAUUUGCACUUCGCGCAUUCAUCCCCUCAUACUCCCUCGCAGAUUCGCACUUCGCACAUUUCACGCGCUGCAUUCCCGCGCCUCAUGCGACGCAUCCACACCAUCCUCGCAUUAUCAAGUCAUUUCGUGCACACCUCCAUAUGCGACGCAUUCUCGCGCUUCAGCAACACGUUCCCACGCUCGCGCGCGUCAUGCAUUAGCCACGCCUCUUCGCAUUUAGUUGCACUGUCAUCCACGCACAUCAUACUCGACGAUCAUCACGUACCCAUAUCACCAACUUUGCUCGAGAUCCUCACCAGACGCGCUCUGAGUGGGGACACUCAGUAUUCAAAGUCCCUGGGAGAUGUAGAGACUCGCGUUUCUGCAGGCACAUAUGGGCUCAUUUUACGAAUUCUGACAACUGGCCUUCAUGGCACAACUCGCACCAUCAUCCACUAUGACUUCCCUAUAGAGCGCACCACUUUCCCCGCGGAACGCGCCAUAGGCACGACACUUUCCCGCACAACGCGCAGUAUUCCCGCGUGCGCGCUUUCCUCGCGCUUAAGCGCACUAUGUCGCACAGCAUCCAGGAGCAUCCAUCCAUCGUCCAACCAGUCCCUCGGUAUGUCCCUUUUCGUUAUCUGA